AUAAGAAGACCCUUAUGACUGGUUUUGUGCUCCAGGGUCACAAUUGAGAAAAUCUAUAAUGAUAUAAUAUACUGUAUUUUCAGACGUCCAUCACUCAAAUGAUGAAUAUUUCCUGCAAAAAUAUCUACGCUGUGCUAAACAGCACAGAGAAGGUGGCCAUUGGCACCAUCUGUCUGGUGAUCGCACCUCUCAGUCUCCUGGUCAAUGUGCUCGUUCUGGUUGUCAUAGCAUGCUCUAGGAACCUGCGGCGACAUCCGUCCUACCUGUUUAUGGGCAGCUUAGCACUGGCUGACACUAUUGCUUGCUGCUGUUACACCAUCAGCUUCCUGGAUUUCCACCUUUUUAAACCAGAUGACUCCUUUCAGAAAACAGAGUAUCUGCUUAAGCUGGCUGGCGUGACCAUGGCGUUUACAGGAUCGGUUGGAAGUCUCCUAGUGAUGGCAGCUGACCGCUAUCACGCCAUUUACAAGGUUUCCACCUACAAGGUGCUGCUGACACGUAAAAGAGCCUUGGUGGGUAUUGUGACAUUAUGGGUCGUGGCUGCCCUCAUUUCCUUCCUUCCUCUGAUGGGCUGGAGUUGUCAGACGUGUCUAUCAUGCUCCCAUCUCUUUCCAUAUGUGGAUCGUUACUAUCUAGCAUUCUUUGCUAGUCUUGUGUUAUUGGUGAUCAUCCUUAUACUGGUAGCCUAUGCUCUGAUCGUGUGGUUGGCCCACAAACAUGAAGGCAACAUGUCCGCUGAACAACCAGAGGUAGCACGCAUGCGUUUGGAUAUCCAUCUGGCGAAGACUUUUGGAUGUGUUAUGUUGAUUCUGUUAGUGUGUUGGCUGCCUGUCCUUUCCUUCAUGAUGACAGACGUAGUUACGACAGAGCUUUCAAAACCACAAAAAAGGGCAUUUGCCUUCUGCAGUACACUAUGUCUGCUGAACUCAGGAAUCAACCCAUUGUUUUACACCCUGCGCUGUCGUGAGCUACGUGUAGCGCUUAAAUCAUUGGUAGAUGGUUUGAGGAGAUGCAAGGGCUGUAGUUCACCAGCUAGUAACUAA